AUGAAAAAUCGCCGGAAAGCGAAUUGGCCGACGGCAGAGAGCGUUAUUCUGCAGCGCAUGAGCAGCCCUGGAAUUCACAGCUCGCUGGCACACCUGAAGGACGACCGUGUCAAACCGGAAAAGGGCCCUGGCGAAACUACUGCUGACACUGCCAGUGGAGGGACCAUUUCUUCUGUGUCGAGCAUUAUCCAUGACCUGCGCAAGACACGCAAGGCGCAGCAGCAACAGCAGCAGCAGCAGCAUGUGGAGGUGGGGGAAUCCACAGAGGAUAGUCUUGACAACCAUGCCAUGAUGCAGCAAAAUCUGUUCAGCACCUACGAGCUCGUCAACAAGCUCGCAGACUCUGGAUUCACUCGCGAGCAGGCGACGGCGAUUAUGAAGCUGGUCAAGCUCAAGGUCAACCUAGGAAUGGAGAAAGUGCGGCUGGAGAUGCUGACCCGCAGCGACCUCGAAAACGACGCAUACCUAUUUAAGGCGGCUUUGCAGGAGCUGCGCACCGAGACGCAGGAUGAUUCGCAAAAACGACCAGGCGCUGCUCGAGUCGCACGCAGCAGCGAUUAG